UGGUUUUCUCAUUGUUCGCCAUGAUCUGAUUCCGGCUGGUUCCACUCUGAUUUCGAUGCCUCAUAAACGAGCUAAGAGGUCUGUGAGAGAGAAACAGCGUUCAGAAAGAGGACAUGACCUACCACCCACCAAAACAAAACAACACGAUGAAGAUAUACCGAAAUCUGCGGCUAGGGUCUUUAAUGCAUUGAAAAUUCGAGAGGAGUUCCAUAAAAAGAGAAAAAGAGAGUUGGAAGGUGGUGGUAUUGAGAGAGACGACGGUUCGAAGAAAAAACGGAAAAAGAAAGACGAAAAGGGAAUAGAGAAGGUUUCAGGGAUUCUACCUGGGGAAUCGUUACAGCAUUAUAACAAACGAGUUGAAGACAAUAUGCGACCACUCGUACGAAGCGCUGUGAAAACAUCGCUGGCCACCAUGAGAGGAGCCGCGAAGCACCAACGACCAGACCAAAUAGAGAAGGGAGAAAAGAAGGAUAGAAACAAGGAGAGUCAGAAGGAAGAGCUUACCCCAAUAUCGAUCGACAAACAUGCCAACAAACCGAAAGAAUUCCAAAUUCUGUCGACCUCUGCACCCAGGAGGCUCAAUGAUAUCGUCCAGGCACCACCAGUGAUGCCUCGACUGAAAGGUGCUGAGAAGAUCCAAGCCAAAUCCACAGGUGGUUCUACUGGGAGUGCUGUACUAUCGAUGGCGCAGAAAAUGAUGAUGGAACAGGAGAGAGAGAAGGCCAUCAAGAGAUACAGGGAGAUGAAGUCUGAGAAGAGAAAGGGGUUUGAAGGAGAAUGA